AAGACAACACACCAAUAAUAUUAGGAGUUAUAAUACCAGUAAUAUUAAUAGCGAUACUAUUUAUAACAGUUAUAUUCAUAAGACGUAGAAGAUCUGCUGGAAGAAAAGCAACAGAAGCUCGUAAUAAUGACAAUAUAUCUCUACCAGAUUCGGUAAUUGAAACCAGCAGACCUGUGAGAAUAGAGAAUUUCUCUAAUCAUUAUAGGAUUAUGUCCGCUGAUUCUGAUUUUAGAUUUAGCGAAGAGUUUGAAGAACUGAAACAUGUAGGCAGGGACCAACCGUGUACUUUCGCCGAUCUUCCUUGCAAUAGGCCUAAAAAUAGAUUUACGAACAUAUUGCCUUACGAUCACUCUCGAUUUAAGUUACAACCAGUAGACGAUGAAGAAGGUUCGGACUAUAUCAAUGCAAAUUAUGUACCAGGUUACAAUUCUCCAAGAGAAUUCUUGGUGACUCAAGGCCCAUUGCAUUCUACAAGAGACGACUUUUGGAGGAUGGUAUGGGAGUCGAAUUCAAGAGCUAUAAUUAUGUUGACACGGUGCGUCGAAAAGGGAAGAGAGAAAUGUGAUCACUAUUGGCCUUAUGACACGAUGCCCGCCUAUUAUGGUGAUAUUUCUGUACAAAUUUUAAAUGAAUCUCGAUACCCUGACUGGAAUAUAAGUGAAUUCAUGGUUUGUCGUGGUGAACAGCAGCGGGUCGUGCGUCACUUCCAUUUCACGACAUGGCCCGAUUUUGGAGUGCCUAAUCCUCCUCAUACGUUGGUUAGGUUUGUAAGGGCAUUUAGGGAACGGGUGCCUCCCGAUCAAAGACCCAUUGUGGUUCAUUGCAGCGCUGGCGUUGGUAGAUCUGGUACGUUUAUAUGUUUGGAUAGAAUAUUGCAGCAAAUAUUAGUGUGCGACUACGUCGACAUCUUUGGAAUAGUUUAUGCCAUGAGAAAAGAACGUGUGUGGAUGGUGCAAACCGAACAACAGUACAUAUGUAUUCAUCAGUGCCUUUUAGCAGUUUUAGAAGGAAAAGAUCUUUCUGGUUCCUCAAGGGAAAUACACGAAAACCAAGGAUUUGAAGAUGACGAAGGAAUUGCUGAAUCGGGAAUGUAGUAGGUUAAUACUCGAAUUAUACUGACUUGGUUUGGAGGGAAAUUGUGGAGAAUCUCAUAUUUGUUGAUCAAACAAAAUUUUUAUAUAAUUUUAUAUAUUUUAUAUAUAUUUUACUGUAAUUACGUUGCUCAAUACGUAUGUCAAGAAGACAGGCUGGCGACUGUCCGUUAACCGUUAAAAUGGAAUUUUACAAGACGUUUACAUUUAGUUACAUCUACUCAGCAAGGAAAUCAUGAGAUUAUGAGUUAUAUGAUAUUAACGAGUGGCAUUUAGUAAGUUGUUACCUAUAUUUUUUAUAAAUGUAUUUAUAUAUAGUCAUUGAUGGUUGUUAAAAUUUUACUUAAAUGUCCCUUUUGCGACAGCUAAUUUUAUUUUACAAAUUUGAUUAAUUUUAGUGGUAUGUGUACAGUUUUAUAGAUACGCACAUUUAAUAAUGAUUAAAUUAUUAUUAUACAUAUUCCACCAGCUAUAUACAAUAUGGCCAAAUUAAAAUGACAAUUUUUUUUAGUACCGCAAAUUUUAUUUUAGGGUGUAAGAUUUUAAGUAUCAGUAUCAUUAAAAAUAAUUUGUUGACAUAAAAUUAUUCUGUGAUAGAUUUUUUGAUUAGAAAAAUAUUUUAUGAAUUUACUUAACUUUCUAACCAGUAAUUAUGUUUAUGUACUUAAUUUUACCUGAAAUAAACAAUUUAUAUUUU